UCAGUUCUCAUAGUUAUCCCACCUUUAAGGGGUUGCUGAUAGAGUAAUAACAAUUUCUUAAAGUGAGAUUCUCUUUCUCAACAUAAGAACCUCAUAAGUGAAAUGUUCGAUCUUUUAAGUUCACAUAGUUAUCACGUUUUUUAGGAGGUUGGUACCAAUGCAAAUUUUCUGAUCACUGGAUAGUUUAAGUCUUUAAGAUACCAUAUUCGUUACCUACAUAGUCGCAUAGGUAGACUCUCUCCUGUGUAAAGGAUUUUAGGACAUUUUCCCCUUCAGACUGAAAAGCUGGAAGAGUUCUUAGUUCUAUGAUGGUCUUUUAAUGUGGUUACCUGGUUAUGUGCGUUAUUAGAUGAAUUUGUUUCUGCCGCUAGAGAUUUUGAACUAUAAAAGGACUGAAAAUAUCUCCUUUCUUGGAAAAAAUGUUCUUUCUUUUAAGUUUGUGCUUGGGGCAUGGCAUAAUCCCGAGAAUAUGUCUCUUAUUUUCUACUCCCUCCAUUCACUUUUACUUGUCCACUUUGGACUUUGCACACCUCCCUGAAACAAUGAUUGAUAUAUGAGGAUUUUACCAUAAUGCCCAUAUUACUUGAUGUUUAGUGUUGGGUUUUGAAAACUGAUUUUGGGAUUAAGUAACUAAUGCUAAGGGUAAAACAUGAAAAAAAUUAACUGUCUUUUCUUCCUAUGAAAAUCUAUUUUUGGAAUAGUGGACAAGUAAAAGUGAAUGUAGGGAGUAUGUUCAUUUCUGUUUUAAUUAUGUAAUAUGUGUAAAUUUGCUGUUAUAUUUUUUGGGAUGCAUGUGAAAUGUUGUGAUUUCUUUAUAGAAUAAGUGGUAUUGAAAACUAGGUUGUAGGAAACAUAUGGGUUGGGUUUGGUUGUAUUAACAAGGUUGAGUGGGGGAUUUUUUUCCUUUUUGGGUAUUAUAAUUGAAGGGCAAUGUUGGGGAGCGGGGGGGUUUCGGACGGGUACGAAAUCGGCUCAAAGAGACCAAGAAUGAUGGAAUCAAAUCCCUACUUCGCAGUGAGCAGCGGUGCAAGCAGUUAUCACCAGCCUUAUGGCUAUGGCAGCAGCAGAUUUCAGCCUUCUGGAUUUCCUGUUGUUCGUUUGAGGGGUCUUCCGUUCAACUGCACUGAAAUUGACAUUUACAAGUUCUUUGCUGGCCUGGAUAUUGUGGAUAGUUUCCUGGUCAACAAGGAUGGACGGUUCAUUGGGGAGGCUUUUGUUGUCUUUGCUGGUCAUAUGCAAGUUGAUUAUGCUCUUCAAAGGGACAGACAGAACAUGGGGAGGAGAUAUGUGGAAGUUUUCAGCUGUAAGAAAGAAGAGUAUUACCAAGUUGUAGCUGCUGAGGUGAAGGAAGGAGGUAAGGAGUAUGAAUAUCGUUCCCCUCCUCCAUCUCGACCAAAGAGGUCUGUGAACAAAGAUAAUAUGGAGUACUCUGAGAUAUUGAAAUUGCGAGGUCUCCCAUACAGUGUUAGAAAAACAGAUAUUGGCAGGUUUUUUGGUGAGGAAUUUAAUGUUAAACCUGACAAGGUACACAUUGCAUACCGCUCUGAUGGAAAAGCCACUGGAGAGGCUUAUGUGGAAUUCGUCUCUACUGAAGAGGCCAAGAAAGCUAUGUGCAAGGACAAUAUGAAAAUUGGAUCUAGGUAUAUUGAACUAUUUCCUUCUCAUCCAGAUGAAGCUAAACGAGCCGAGUCAAGGUCACGACACUGAUGCCAAAUACUUCUGCAAUGUGCAGCAUUUUUAAGCAUCACAUGUUUUAUUCACCUGUUUCUAUAGUGGAUUAGUCUUGCACUUGUUAAAGAUUGUCUUCUUUGAUCACUUUCAUUACUGUAUGAUGAUGAUUUUUUGUCCCCGUCAAUAUGUUUUUUCGAGACAUUGAUAUGAACAGGUUUAUAGUC